AGUUCAUUUAUUCGUACGUUCGAACGUUCAAGAUUACGCUCGUAAGUGACGACGUUCACCGAUAACGAAAGAAACGCGGGAAAUGGGUAAGUUGUGCCAAGCGCGUAGCAGUACGGAAGGUAUUCCUCUCGGUCGCGUCCUCCAUAUUGAUGACAGCGCCGACGGUGAUAAUUUUCUGAAAUUUUUGUCGUUAAUGCCCCCUGUGUCCUGAAAUCGAAAGCAACCGCGUUGUCUUAAAAGCUCCCCGACAGAAUGCGCGACUUCGGGGUCCUCGACGUCGAGAACCGAGAAGCCGCGAUCACGAGCUCCCCCCAGGUCCAUCCUCGACCGCAUUUCUCUACCGAUCGCGCGCAACCUUUCCGUCACCGAACCCCUUCGACGCUCCUCCGACCUCUCGAUUUCGUCCAUGGCGUCCUCUUUCUCCUCUCCCGCACGCGCCCGAGUUAUCUUUUAUGUUUCCUCGUUGCUACAAAUGGAGCGAUCCGUCAUCGUCGAGGAAUUACGAUUCCACGACGCACAUUUGAUCGCCCGACGAAAUACAUGUUCUCGUCCUUACUUAUAAGAAAACAUACCAUUGUAUAAAUUAAUGGUAUGAUCAUGACGAGUAACGUUGCAGCGAUAAAAUUGGAAGAGGGGCAGGAAUCUGUAACAGAGAUUCAAACCUAUCUCGAAACGUUUAAUAAAGAAAUAGAAGGUGGACAAGAACAACUACAACAUGUGCAGUUGCAACAAGUAGAAGGAUUAUCAGGUGGAGAAGAAGGUGGUACUUACUUUGUCGAUCAAUCAGGUCAAUAUUAUUAUCAGGCUAAUAGCGAUGAAACCCCUGUAAUGACACAAGUACAAAUUCAAGAAGUUGAAGAAAGUGAUGUUCACCAAGAGGGUGAGGUAACUCAAGAAGAGCAAUAUCAUGAGAUAGAAGAAUUAGAAAAUGUUGAUGGAGAUGAGGAUGGUCAAGUAUCAAAUAAUGGGAAUAAUCAAGUUGUAAUUAAUUCUGGAGAUGCAUAUCAGACUGUUACUAUAGUACCAUCCGAUACAAAUCCUGGUGAAGUGAGUUAUGUUUUGAUUGUACAACAACCAGAAUCUGAGGAUAAAGAAAGUAGACCUGCCGAAGUUGAAGCUGGAGAAGUAGAGGAGGCAGAAGGUGAACAGGAUUUAACUGUUUAUGAUUUUGAAGAUAAUGAGGAUAAUGAAGCUCCUGUAGAAUCAGAAGCAGAAGAUGAUAAAACCAAAAUAAUUAAGUUUCUUCCAAAGAAAUCUCAAACCGUAACUCAAGCACAUAUGUGUAAUUACUGUAAUUACACCAGUCCAAAACGGUACUUGCUGUCACGACAUAUGAAAUCUCAUUCAGAAGAAAGACCACAUAAGUGUAGUGUUUGUGAAAGGGGAUUUAAAACUUUGGCUUCCCUGCAAAAUCAUGUUAAUACGCAUACUGGGACCAAACCCCACCAUUGCAAAUUUUGUGAUAGUGCAUUCACUACAUCCGGUGAACUCGUACGACAUGUGCGAUAUAGGCAUACUCAUGAAAAACCACAUAAAUGUCAGGAAUGUGAUUAUGCCUCGGUCGAAUUAUCUAAAUUAAAGCGACAUAUAAGAUGUCAUACAGGAGAACGCCCAUAUCAGUGUCCACAUUGUACAUAUGCAAGUCCAGAUACCUUUAAAUUAAAACGUCAUCUUCGUAUACAUACAGGUGAAAAACCAUAUGAGUGUGAUUUUUGUCAAGCCAGGUUUACACAAUCAAAUAGUUUAAAAGCACACAAGUUAAUUCAUAAUGUAGGUGACAAACCUGUUUUUCAAUGCGAGUUAUGUCCCGCAACUUGCGGAAGGAAAACUGAUCUUAGAAUUCAUGUGCAGAAAUUGCAUACCUCGGACAAACCAUUAAAAUGUAAAAGAUGUGGAAAAACAUUCCCCGACAGGUAUAGCUAUAAGUUACAUAGUAAAACACAUGAAGGAGAAAAAUGUUACAAAUGUGACCUUUGUCCAUAUGCAUCAAUUUCCGCACGUCAUUUAGAAAGUCAUAUGCUGAUUCAUACAGAUCAGAAGCCAUAUCAAUGUGAUCAUUGUUUUCAGUCAUUUAGACAGAAGCAGUUGCUCAAACGUCAUUGUAAUCUUUAUCAUAAUCCAUCUUAUGUUCCUCCACCGCCACAAGAAAAAACUCAUCAGUGUCCUGAAUGUGAAAGACCUUUUAGACACAAAGGAAAUCUUAUUCGACACAUGGCCGUUCAUGAUCCAGAAUCAUCUUUGCAAGAGAAACAACAAGCCCUUAAGAUUGGUCGACAAAAGAAAAUUCAAAUUAUCGAUGGUCAACGAGUUGAAGUCAUGACAGGUGAUUUAGCUUCUAAACUUAAAGGUUAUGAAGAGGAAGAGGAAGAAGAUGAAGAUGAUAUGAUGGCAGUAGAAGGAAGUGAUGGACAACAGUAUGUUGUAUUAGAAGUAAUUCAAUUAGCUGACAAUCAAGGCACUGAUCAGCAGAUGGCUGUGGUAGCUAGUGAAGACGGAGAUUUGGUGAUGCAAGAUCCCUUGAGUCAAGAAAAUAGUAUGGUAGGUGCAACUGGAGAAGAUGGCUGUGAGGUUGAAGAAGAUGAAAGUGAUAUGCACGAAUUAAAAAUUGAAUCAGUGACAUCGUGUACCACAAACAAAUCUUCGUCUCAAAAUACACAAAGUGAUCCAAAAUUACAAAAAGAAAUGGAAACAUGUUUUGGUUUUGAUGAAGAAGAAGAGGAAGAAGAAGAAGGAAGCAGUAAUAUAAAUAUUUUACAAACUAUUUCGUAAUAAGAGGAAGAACAGAAUGAUGUACCUUUUUAAUAGUCUAAUCGUUCUCCUUUUGCACAGUGUCACAGUGAUGUAUUGAAUGCAGAGACUGCAAGUUAAAUAUGUAUUAUCAUUUUGAAACACUAUACCGAGUUCCAAAAAAAAACUGUUUUGGAGCUACUGUGGUCCACAUACGACAUAUGUAUGGUACAAGAAUCUUCUUUUGCCACUAGUGCAUUAGAUACAUGUAAUAAUUUAUGAAAAUAUUGUAGUUUUGUGGUUUAGCAGAAUAUCAUGAAAAUGUACAAUUAUAAUAAUGUAAAAUAUUUUAUUGUCAAUGAGAUUUACUAACUCCUUUAAAAUUUAAAAUGACAUUAACGAAUUAAGAACGGCGUGUGUCAAUAAUAUGAAGAAUUAUACUAGUAAUUCUAGUUUAGCACAAUAUUUUUAAACAAGUUAUUUAAGACUUCAAGACAAUAUCACCACACUCUCAAUAGGAAGGCAGAAUUGAUUAUUGUCAACUGUCGUCAAAUAGCUUAUAUCAAGAAGAGUCGUGUGAUGUUAUUUUGUAAAUAAUGCUUAUUGUCACAUUGUUUCACAAACAAAUAUAAGUAUUAGAAUAAGUAGUAUAAAAUAUGAAUGAAGUGCUUGAGCUUUGUCUAUAUAGGCAGGCUGAAUGAUUAAUGUGAGCAUGUUCUUGAAGUAUGAGAGAUGUAGUGAAAAAUUAUAACAUUUUGGAAGUAUAAAUAGUAGUUGAUAUUCCUUGGUUAACCUGGAAGAUAUUGAGUUAAUAUAUUGGAUGUAUCUUGUUUGGUAAUAUCGUAAAAUCAGUACUGUCUAAUGAGUUGAGUAUCUGUAUUAAUGAUGAUUAUAAUAGGGCAUAGGUGAACCAUCACUUUUAUUGCAAAUAUAUAAAAAACAAUUUCUUUCUUAUAAACACAUAAUAUUUUCCUAACGAUAAAAUAAUAAUCCUUAGUUGGUAUUGUGUAAUCUCUGUUUAUAAUUGAUAUAAGGUCUGAUGAAUGAUAGUAACUUCAAAUGUAUAGAAAAUAUAGUAAUGAAACAAAUGAAUUUACUAUAUCUUAUUAAUUCAUAAUGCAAUAAGGAUUCUUAGCAAAUAUGAGAUAUCUGUGGUGUGUCAUUUAAUUUUGUUGUUCUAUAUUACUACACUUAGACAAUACAGUAUCUAUAACAAACAGAAACACAAUACCAUCCAAGGAUUAAAUUAUAUUAGCAAUAAAUAAUGGUAUUUUUUUCAUGUCAGUUUUAAUAAUUAUGUUAUUUGUAUAUUCUCAAUUAACUGUUUGUUUUGCUUCUAUCUCACCUUAUAUUAUAUUACAUUAAGUAGUAAAAAUUAUAUAUAGGUAUUACUUCCAGGUUAACUUGGCAGAGUAGGUUUAUAAAAUACACCGUACAUGUUUUUUUUUUUUUUUAUUCUAAAAAUUAUCUUAACAUAUAUUUAUGUUUGGACGAUAUAAGCCCUACCAUUUGAUAUUUAUAAUGCUGUUCAUCGUGUUUUAGAUUUGUCAUCAAUAUUUCUUUCAUAUAAUUUAUGUUUAUGAUUAUGCAUCGAUUACUACUAUAUUAUUUUGAUGUAAACAAAUUUUGUCUUAUGAAAGUAAUUGGAUAAAGUGCGAAUCUUUACUCGUUUAAAAAAUACGAUGUUGUAGUUCGUUGUACGUAUAUUGUUGCCCAUAACUUGCUUUAUUCGUACCUCCGAGGUAAGAUAUACGAAAAAUGUAAAAAGUAUGUAUAAUUUUUUUUACACACGAACUGUACAAUUGUAAUCUAGUAACGGAUCAUCACUUUUAUGCUGUUCAAUAUUAUGCACUUUCUUACAUUAUUCCAAAGAAACGCAGUGUAGCAUUUUCUCUAUAAUAAACGUUAUGACGUCGAUAA